AUGGCAUCUGUGGUCAAGAAGCGAACGAUCACUCGAGCUCGCGAAACGCUAACGUGCAACCCUUGUAGAAGCAGGAAGCUCAAGUGUGACAAAGAUAUACCGUGUAGCUCGUGUACGAAGAGAGGCGAAGCGGAGGCGUGUUCAUAUGCCAAAAGGCCCGUGAGGAAGGAACACGCCGACCAGAGCAAAACAGCUAGAGCCGAGGAGAGGUUGCAACAUCUCGGGGACCUUCUUGAAAUAUAUGCUUCCAGCGGCGCAGUCAACAAUGUCACGAGUCACACCGAGGAAGAUGAGAGCAGCACCUGCACCAACGGCAGUGCUACCUACAUUGGUGCAACACAUUUUUCAGCAAUGCUGGACGACAUUGAAUGGCUACGACAGUAUCUCCGCCACCGAGUGAGAGAAUCGUCGAUCAGACUGACAUUUUUGUUCGGAGGGACGCCACGGCUACCAUUACAAGUGGUCUUAGCCAACCACUUACCACCAAAGAUCGAGGUCGACAGACGUCUUGCUGCGUAUUUCCGAGCUGAAGCCAUCGCCGCGCCUUGCAUUCAUACACCACAUUUCAAGCGACACCUCUUCUCAAUUCUAGACUUAUUCCGAGGCGUCGGAAGGGCAAGACUGUAUGACGAGUCACCCGACGAAGGGCACAAGCACAACUUCUCAUUGGCAGCCACACACUGUCUUGCUAUCGGGAGAUACAGCCGACCACAGCCACUUGCUGUGGAGGCGUUGGCUGUCUACAUCCAAGCAAAAGUCAUCGUCACCCUGGAUCCCUUGCAUAUGCCAUGGGCUAUCACCGUGGGCUAUUACCGCGAGCCUGACAACUUCAAACUUUUGACUGCUUUCGAAGGCGAGAUGAGGCGGAAAACGUGGUCCUUUGCUAUGCAACUUGAUCUCUUGAUAUCCUUCCAGCUCGGCCUACCGAAUAACGUCCAGUUCGGUAGCUGGGACACGCGACCGCCAUCGAAUUUAAAGGACGAAGACUUCGAUGAAGACAGCGCUGUUCUACCACCGCCGCGCCCAGCACACGAGCCAACGAAGACGACUUUCUACACCGCAAAGCACAUGCUUAUGACAGUGUUCGACAAGAUACUGAAAUAUGCUCUAGCUGCGGGUUCGAUUCGAUCAGAAGAAGAGUUGAUCGCACUUGACGCUGAGGGGUUUCAAGCACGAUAUGAAACGUUACCUGCAGUCCUCCAUUAUCGUAGCAUAUCCACCUCGUUGACGGACCCAGCAUACAUCAAAUGCCGCUGCGUCCUGCAUCGGAAACAUGUCACCACCGGCAGGCUGGAGAGUAUACGGGUACGCUUCGAGGCAGCCUCGCAAAUCGUUGGUGCAUUUUUUUGGGAAAUGUACCCAGAGCUCAAGCCUGGCGGUCAAUUCUACGACGAUCGCUGGUUAUUGGGGAGCAUCACAGGGAAUGACUAUCUGUUGGCGGUGAUGGUGCUAUGUCUCCUCAUGUGUCAGAGCCGGAGAGCGGCGGUACCUGGGCUGACUCAAGAGGAGCUGCAGUCGAAGGCAGACGUGAGCAUAGCUGCAAGGCGCACGAGGAGGAUCUUUGAAGCGAUGCUGUCCCCGUGCCAAGGAGCGACGGCGAACGGUACGGGGACGAUGCAGUCAGAUAUUGACUUCACACAAAGCUGGAACGACCCCUGGUCCAACAUGUUCGACACACACGAGUGGGCUUUCCUGGAAGAAAGCCUGAACAGUAAUUUCGAAACACAAUAG